AUGGCGAUGGCGAUGGCGAGCGAGAAACAAAAGGGGAGGGGAAAGGGAAAGGGGGCGCUGCGCGCGGUGCGGCGCUGGGUGUUCGAGCGGCACCGGUUCUGCUGCUGCCUGCCCGUGCGCGUGGGCGUGAUCGUGAUGUCGCUCGCGAACCUGCUCGUCUCGGGCCUGCUGUCCGUCAUCUGCUGGUGGGAGGUCGCCGCGAAUCGGACGCUGGACGCGGGCGAGCGCGGGGCGUUUGUGGGCGCGGGGCUCGUCGAGACGCUGCUUGCGCUGCUCUCUAUCCUCGGCUUCGUCGGCGCGGUGGUGCGCAAGCAGAGCUUCGUGACGGCGUACUGCUACGCGCUGUACGCGCACUUCCUCGUGAACCUCGCCGUCGCGUCGUACUUCCUGUACGUGAUCCUGCACGCGGAGCACGCGGCGGCCACGCGCGCGUGCGAGGACGCGAUCGAGGACGCGGGCGCGCAGGGGCAGUGCUUGGGCCUGCUGCGCUUCGCGGCGGGGAUCUACGGCGGGCUGGCGGGGGGCUUGCUCGCGCUGGAGCUUUACGGCGCGUUCAUGGCGACGCGGUACGUGCACCAGGUGAAGCACGAGAAGCGGAAGAUGAAGGCGCGCGCGGAGGGGCUGCCGCUGCACGUGCGUGGGGCGAGCGACGGCGGGGACGGGGACGGGGUGGGGCUGAUGGGCGGGUACGUGCGGUAUACGGACGAGAACGGCGAGUCGUGGUACGAUCGGGUGGGCGCGCCGCUGAAGGACGAGGUGGGCGAGGAGGACGCGCGCGCGCACCGUGGGGGGCUCGCGGACGGGUAUUAUGGUGAGGGUGGGGGUGGGGGUGAGUGGACGCCGCGGAGGGAAGAUGUUAGUGGGGCGGAGGAGUAUGCGAGCGCGUACAGAGAUCGGGACGGGGUUGUAGCGGAGGAUGCACCCGAGCACGAGCACGCGCGGGCGCAGGACGGCCUAGGUGAUAAUCCGAGCGUUGUGCCGGCGAAGACGAGGUCGAGGUCGAGAGAGGGCGCGAGCAGCGACGAGGAGGAGGGGCCGGCGGAGCCGCUUCUGCCUGCGCCGAGUUCCGAGGCGCACCCGCCUGCGUAUGGCCGCGACGGCAGCGGGCCGCGAUGA